AUGGGCAGUUUCGCAAGACGCAAUGACGGGGCCGACAGCUAUCUCGUGAAUCAGCAGAUGGCAGUGCCCGGUGUUUAUAACCAUCAAGAUGGCCAUGAAUACGGUGCUACUGGAGCUGAACCGUACCACUUCCCCCAGCACUCUUUCAACGCUUAUGUCUCUCACUUCGGACUAUCUUAUGGACAACAGUCGAAUCUGUCUCCAGGCAUGCAACAUCUGCAGUAUGCAUCGGAGCAUACGAUCCCAUCGAUGUCUACAUCAGACGACACGAGACUCCACCACCAUCCGCAGUACAUGGCCUCGUCUCGUUAUUUGCAGUCGCCUAGAUAUCUUCCUCUUCGGGACGCGCUCAGUGAAACGGAUAUCGAGAGCCAAGAGUCUCGGAAUGAAAGCACCAUGCUGUCAGAGCCCGUGGUACCCUUGUUAGAUGGAUUUCCGGACGUGAAAGAAUUUGAUCGACUCAUGCAGAGAAACGCUGACCCAAACUUUCUUCUGGUCAGCUAUGUCGAUGACCUAUCGGUGAAGAAGCAAGACAAAGCCUUGAUACAUGCGAGAAGAGCGCGGAAUAUCCGAACCGUCCUGAUUGAUCCCAAAGACACAGCAGUUGAGUCAGCUCAAUUUAGGUUCUGGGUCAAAAAGAUGUUCAAGCUUCAAACCGUUGGCAUGGGUACUGCAGACUGUCGGAAAAUGAUCUGCCAUGAGGGUAAACCAGUGGCGAUUCGUGAGAAACUGUUCAAAAUUCUCACCAAGGCGCAUCAGCAAUGUCAGCACGGCGGCCGCGACAAGACCUCUGCUCAGGUUCGGCGCAUCUAUUCAUGGGUUCCAAAGGAACUGAUUUCUCGUUUUGUCAAGAUCUGCCCGACGUGUCAGGUUCGUCGCGGAGGAUCACGUCUUACACCACCCAACUCCCGGCGAGGAUCACCUCGUCUUGAUAUGGUACCUCGAUCUCCAAAGCUUCCAUCCCCGCCGGUUAUCAAAAGAGAGUCGUCAUAUGGUGGCCAAGUAGCCCUAGAUCGGGCACAACCCGACUAUUUUGGCCAAUUGCAUGGUCAUGGCUGGAUAGACGGGCAUCAGAACUUACAGAGCCGUUCGGGUAUGGGCACUGGUGUCAGAUCCUUCCAUGGCUCGAUGAGUAACAUGCCACACUCCAUCACAGGCACUUUGGACCCUUUCGCUGCGGACUUAUCAGUGCCUCCCUCUCAGUUAAGCUAUGCAGCGGGAUAUGUUCCCACGCACGGCACUUCGAGCCAGCGGGAUUUUUGA